AUUUCGUUAAGUGGGAAGAGGAGUGACGAUCGAAGAAGUAAAUUGAGAAGUAAUGGGAACCAGAUUUCUCAUUGAGAGCUGUGACUAUGGUGACAAAACUAAAUGAGACUAAACCCUGUGGAGCUGCAACUGAAGGUCACUGAUUUACAGAGAACGUAGACAAUGUGGAUACACAUCACCGUACAUCUACAGAUGUGUUAUCUACAAACGUGGAUUAAUUUCCAUGCUAAAUGAAAAUGGCCAAUUCGUUAAGAGGAGAAGUAUUGAACCUUUAUAAAAAUCUGCUGUAUCUUGGACGGGACUAUCCAAAAGGAGCAGACUAUUUUAAAAGGCGUUUGAAGAAUGUUUUCCUUAAAAACAAAGAUGUGAAGGACCCAGAGAAGAUCAAAGAACUUAUUGAACGAGGCAAAUUUGUAAUGAAAGAGCUAGAAGCUUUAUAUUUCCUCAGGAAAUACAGAGCUAUGAAACAACGCUAUUAUUCGGAUGUCAACAAAACUAAUUGAUCAUUUUUAUAGAUGGGCUGAAAAGUCAGAGACAGCUGUUUGUAUAUACAAAAUAUUGUGAACUAAACCUAUCUGAAAAAUGGUAACACAUAUGUAAAAAAAAUUCUGAGCUAUCUUGCUGAACUAAAAUAACUUUUGAUCUUUACUAAUAUAAGAGCCUGGUCUGCAACCAAC